AUGACAGCCCCAACAGCCAACCCAUUUGACCAACUCAUUCUAGAAUGCCAAAAUGACCCGAAUGAAAUCCAAAGCCGAUACGAAACCCACCGCCGGACUAGAAACGAACGGUUCAAGACCACCCUCCUGAGCCGAGACUUCAACGGAUGGCAGACCGACGAGAUUCUACGAAAGUUGCACGCGCAGGAGACGGAAGCAGCUGGUUCGGACAGCGAAAACUUCGUUGAUCCCCGACACAAUCUCAAUAUCUCGGCUUUGCCGCCACAGCAUAUUCGCGACUUGGUGGCAGAGAUUCAGGGGGAUAUCCGCGAUAUUGCGCCGUCGAUGUGGUUUGCCCCGGCAGACCAUUUGCACAUGACGACGCUGGAGAUAGCCCCCGGACGAACCGAGGAGGAGAUUGAGAGCCUGGUGACUCGAAUCCAGGCGACCGGCGCGCUUCCAGAGCUGGCGGACUACGCUUUUCAUCAUCGGACGCGGUUGAUCAACCCGAUUGUCAGCUACGAUGCGUCCGCAAUGGCCUUGAGUUUUGUCACGGCCGCGGAUAACGAGUAUACCUAUCACCACCUGCGACGGGAUCUCUGUAACAGUGUGGCGGCGACAGGCAUAUCUCCGGCCUCGAGGUAUGUAGUUCCCUCGGCGCAUAUCACCAUUGCGAGAUUUAUCACACAGGAGGGGUUUCUAAGGGAGGGAUCGGGGACGGAUGCGGAACGAGGUGUUGAUGGAGAGCGUGUGGCGGAAUUGGUGGAGAGGAUCGAGCAGAUCAACGAGAAAUUGCGGGAGAGAUAUUGGUCGCGCGAGAAGGAUGGACAUGCUCCGGCGGAGGGGGACUGGGUCGUUGGACAGGAGAUAGGGUUGGUGUUCAAGAAGGGGAUGUCGUGGUAUGGGGGAGGAGAGAAGGUGUUUGAGGGGAAGGGGUUUUGA